AUGAUCUUAGAAGGAUGUUGGAUAGAAACUAAGAGGUUUUUUAGCUGUAAUGCCUUAAGAGACAUGAAAAAAGGUUUGCAACUGAGUAAAAGCUUAAUGGUAAUGAUUUGCUGAACUAACAAAUUGAACUGGAAUACAAAAAAGGGAGGUAUGAGGAGGUCCGGGGAAAUAAGUAUAGGGAAGAUAGGUUAUGGAAAAUUAAUGUCUUUUUAACUAUUUUAUUUGGUAUGUUUUAUUAUUAUUAUUAUUAUUAUUAUUAUUAUUAUUUACUUUUAUGGCUAUAUUUUAAAAACUUUAUUUUCUUUUCUUUCUGUACUCUGUAUUUUUUGUAUUUUUUGAAACUUUAAUAAAUAUCAUUUAAAAAAAAAAAAAAAGGAAUGGAGGUGGCUAUGAGAAGUCAUGGGAUAAAUGUUUUAAUUGAGACUUGAGCCAGCCCAACGAAUAUAUGGUGCAAGAAUUUUCUAGUAGCUGGGAAUAGGGGAAGAGCAAUGAAAGAGAGAGAGAGCUCUCCAGAUUAGAAUCAAGCUGGUAUUAUUACUAUUAUUAUUAAUAAUAAUAAUAUUUUUGUUGCUGUGGCGUUUGCCUGUUCGUUUGAAAAUGUACAGGGGGAGAGAGAGGGUUAAUAUGCAGACCAGUUGGAAAGCCAGAGGCAGAGCCUACCUGUUUAUAAAAGUGCUUAGCCGGAGGUUUGGGUUGUGGGUAUUUGGUUGGUUUUAGUGGGUUGGUUGGUUGGGAAAGGCAGUUGGAAAAGCAGUUGGCAGACAGUUGGAAAUAGUGCAGUUGGUUCUUGUGUGAGUUCUUGUGUGAGGGGAGGUAGAAGAGAUAGAGACAGGAUAAAAUAAGACUAAGAAGGUAAAGAGUAACUGGAAUGCAGUUAAAGUUUAUUUGUGUCUGUCUGCAAUAAACUACACUCUUCUUUGUUAACUUAAGAACCUGACUGAGACUAAGUGGUUUAUCGGGGAGGACCUGGUUGGUGGCAGCGGAUUAGUGGUGUAUGGGACAAUAGUCCGUGAGACAACUGGGGGCUCUGUACAAACUCCACAGUUACUAUACCAUUUUAUCCUUUUUAAAACAAAUUAAACAAUCCAAAAUAGAACAUUUGUAGAAGAAAAUCAAAUAUAAAGUGUACUUUCAAAGCAACAAUGCUAGCAGGAAACUAAAAUAUUAUCUUAAAGAUUUCAAAUAUAGACUGCACGAUUAACAGAACAAAGUUAACAAACACACAAACAAAAAACUUAAACAUUUCAAAAUAAAACACUACUAAAGGAGAUCAAAUAUAAAAGACACAUUUGAAACUGCAUCAUUGUCAAAGAAAUAAAAUACUACCUUAAACAUUAAACAUUGCUGCUGCUGUUACUGGUCAAGCUGGUUCAUGGCAGGCGACUACUGCUGUGGAAGCUCAGGCUCCAAGACCUGGGUCACCACCAAGAAAUCUGGUGCUGGGCAGAGAAACAGAGGGGCUCCAUGGCGACACCAAGUGCCAUGCCAAGUAGUGUUGCACAUGGUGCUUCGCCUCUUGAAGCCUUCCCCUUCUACAUACCUGAUGGAAAGGCAGGUGAUAUUUCAGGGUCUCAGGCUGAUGGCAGUCACCUGGAGCAGAGCGCAGCCACGCCUUCCUUCCAGCCAACACACAGCAGCAGCAUGGAGGUUAAGAGGGGAGAAGAAAGCAAUAAGAAAGUAAGAGAAGCAAGGGAGUAGAGCUAUUUGCAAAUAGGAACCAUAUUGUAUUGGAAGGAAGUUAGCAAGACGAAGCAAAGGGGAGAAGAAAAAAGGAGAAACUUGAUCAGAAUGAAGAGGCAGUGUAAAUUAAACAAGCAACAGAAUUGAAGAUAAGAGGGAAAUAGUGUGAGGAAUCUAAUCUAAAAUGUAUAUAGGUUAAAGCACAUCAAAACUUUGAGGAGAGAAGAGAUGAAGUGUAAAUGAACUUCUAGAUUAAGAGGGAGAAACCUCUAGUGUGAUUACUCUCGGUUGAGAUGCUCCCCUUCUUAAAUUUGCACACUUAUGGGAUCUUCCCCACAUCACUUUUGCACAUGUCAGCUUGGGGGGGGGUCUUGCCCCCCCCUUUACACCUAUUUCCCAGGUUAGACAGUUGCCUUACUCUCCUCCUGUGGCAUUGGCAACCUUUCUGUAUGUGCAUGCACUCAAUGGGUGUGUGUCCCCCCUUUUUUAGUUUGGAAUUAAGACGAUGCUUGAAACGGAGGAGGGGAUCCUGCUUUUGGCAAGAGCCGUUGACCCCAAAGUCCCAUCCAUGAUGAUUGAUGCUAUCACGCUACUGUCUGCCCUCUGCAUUCUGCCUCAGCCUGUGGAUAUGUCAGUGAUUAUAGGUGAUUUAUCUUUUGGUUUAGUUGUAUUUCAUAGGUGGGCAGUCUAGCACUUGGGAUCCUUUUCAAAAUACAUUAAAAACUGGAAGGCUACAUCUGAAUUGCAAGUUUUAAUGUGCAUCUAAUCUGCACAACGGCCUGAAGCCUAAGAAGCAGAAGCUGAAUAAGCUUGUGUAAGGUUUGGGGUCAUCCCCACUUUGAAGCCCCACAUCUUACUCCAUAUUGCUUAGGAGGGUUUUUGGUCCCCUGGAUCCAAGGCACCAUUGGUUCUUAACAGUUUUUAGAAAUUUUAAUACACUAGAUGCGCAAUUUAUCAAACUCUUACAUAGUUUCCUGUUGUGAGCAUAUGAAAGUCAGACUGCCAUCUUUAAAGCACCUGGGAGUGCAUCUCAUUGAACUCAUUGGGACUAGCAAGUAGGCAUGGCUAGCAUUGCACUGUCUGUUACUGAUUUGUUUUCCUUACUCUUACAUAGGCAUGAGCACGUUCUGGUGGCACUGACACAACGAGCAGAAAUGGAUGAAGUGGAACGAUUCAAACCCAUCUUGGAUGGCCUGAAGAGUGACACCUCAGUGGCAUUAAAGGUAACAAGUGGGUCCUGCAGCAAAAAAGAUUUUUCUGUACUUCUUCAGGCCUCAAGCUUCUGCUGAUACAUCUUUAUUAUUUCUCAGUCCUCAUUUUGUCCAUAUAGCCACUGGUACUUAUGUCUUGAAUUUGCUACUUAUUUUACCAGCAUCUUGGGACUCUUUUGUGCUGCUUUGGUUUUUGUUUUUGUUUUUAUUUAAUCAUUUUUUCAAGACAAACAACAACCACAAAGAACACAUACAACAAAAAUCGCAAGAACACUUAUAACACAAUUUAACAUUUCAAAUUUGAGUACUGAUAUACCUAUGACUACACCUUUUUAACAAUAUUUCCCCACCUCUCAUCCCCCUACUUCCCACCACCGUCCGCCUUAUCGCUUAAAUAUUCCUUCCAGAUUUCUUCAUAUUUAUUCAUUCUUAAUUUGCUUUGACAUGCAAUUCGUUCGUAUGUAGCUAGUCUGUCCAUAUUAUCAAUCCAUGUGCUCAAUGGAAUCUUUUUGCGGCUCUUCCAAUUCAUCAGAACAAGUUUUUUUGCUUCUAAUAUGGCACGGUACAUCCAUUUUUUUUUACCUCUUGUAAUCUCCCACAUUUCCAGUAUAUAAUUUAGAAUUAAAUUCAAUUCCCCUAAAUAACAAUAUUUUUUUUAAAAAAAAUUAAAAUAUUUUUUAUUAAGUACAAAUUAGAAAACAUACAUAUUCACAACAAAAGAAAAUACAAAAGAAAAAGAAAAUACAUCUAACCAAGGAAAAAGAAUUAGAGAAUAUUUUGUCUCUUUUCAUAUUUACAGUUGUUUAUACCUCUAUAAAAUGCUAUUCACAAUAAAGCAGUGAAAUGAAACAUAAGAUAUCAGAAAAAAGAAGAAAAGAACAAAGAAAAGAAAAAGAUCAUAAGUGAAAAUUUUUAAAAGUAGAUAAGUACUCACAAUACAUAGCCGUUUCCCAUCUAUAUUUAUAUUCAAUUGUAGAAUUUCAUCUUGUCCUUAUCUACCUUAAAUAAAUUGUGUUUGUUUUUUUUAAAAAAAGUCUUCCACCGUUUACCUCACGCGUUUUUAAUAAUCCAUUCGUCAGAACCUCUGUUCUUCAUAUUUUCCCUUUGGAUUUCCUUAAUGUCUCACUUUGUAUUUUUUUUAUAUUAUGCACAAGAUUAUUCUAAACACAACCAGAUUUUUAUAGUUGAGCCCUGGUUUUGUAAAUAAUCAGUUAAGAACUCCCAUUGCUUCAUAACCAUAGUUUUGGAUUUUCUCCUUAUUAUAUCCGUCAGUUUUGCUAAUUCCAGGUACUCACAAAGUUUCCCCAACCAUUCUCUUUUUGAUGGGAUGCUGUCUUCUUUCCAAUAGCUAGCAAUCAAAAUUCUUGCCGCUGUUGUCGCGUAUAGAAAUAAGUUAGUUUAUCUUUUGGGAUAUCUUUAUCUAGAAUUCCUAAUAGAUAUGCCUCUGCCUUUUUCGUGUGUGAUGUCCGUAUCAAUUUUUUUAUUUCGUUAUGGAUCAUGCCUCAAAAGGUUUUAAUCUUUGGGCAAGUCCACCACAUGUGAUAUAACGUACCUUUUGUUCUGUUACAUUUCCAACAUUUGUCGUUGUUCCUUUUAUUUAUUUUUGACAAUCUGUCAGGGGUUAGGUCCCAUCUGUGGUGAAUUUUUCUGAAAUUCUCCCUUAAUAAAUCACACACAGUAAAAUUUAUGUUUUCCUCCCAAAAAGUUUUCCAUCUUUCCAGAUCUAUCUCAUAUCCCAAAUCGUGCUCCCAUUUUAACAUGUUUUCCCCUUUCGUCUCUUGUUCUAAGCUGGUUUUCAUUAAUAAUCUAUACAUUUUUGGAAGUAUUUUUGAUCGCUUUGCAAUAUUUCCUUUUCUAAUUUUGAGGUUUUAUUUUCUAAUCCCUCCUUUUUGUCUUUUUCAUAUGUUGCUUUUAAUUGAUAAUAUUGUAACCAAUUUAUUCCAAAUGUUUGUAAUUGUUCGUAAGCUUCAUUUUUGGGGUUUUCCACUAAAUUUUUUUCUUUCUCUCUUAUUUGUUUAUUUAUUUCCAUAGUAUUAUUAUCUUUAUUUCUCCUUAUCCUUCCCAUUUGUUGUAUUACAUACCCUCUCAUAUAGGCUUUACUCGCUUCCCAAAUCAUUUUUUUAUCCGUAUCCUGAUUUUCAUUUAUUUCAUAGAAUUCUUUCAAUAUUUCCUUAGCCCUUUUAACCCUUUGAUCAUCUCUCCAUACCUUCUCGUUCAUUCUCCACCUUCCCUUAGUAUGAUUUUGAAAUUUCAUCUAUACUGAUACUGGAUUGUGAUCUGAUAUCGAUCUGUUCAGUAUCUCUGCUUUUUCUGAACUCAACAUCAACUUUUUUGUUACUCUUGCAAUAUAUAUCUUCACCUCGCACCAAAAUGAUCCUAUCAUCGGGCAGUUAAUCAUCAUAUGUACUAAGUUCGCAUUUUUACUUCCACAUCUCCAGCAGUUGUCUGCAUUUAUUUUCUUCUGGUAAAGUUUUGCUGGAGUCUGAAUAUUAUUUUCUGCUGAAUAAGUCUUAGUCUUAGUCUUAGAUCCAUAGAUUCUAUUUCUGUUUAUUUUAUACUUGACUCCCAUAUAUCAUCUCUUAUCUGUACCCCUAACUCUUCUCUCAAUUUUUGUCUAUCAUAUUCUAAAUCAUAUUUCUUCCAGUUGAGUAGGGUUUUAUAUAGUGCGAGUGUAGAGUUUUUUGUUGCAGAAAUUAAAUCUUGUAGCAGCACUAUAGUGUCAGGACCAAACUGCCUUUCCAACAUAUGUUUCAAUAGGAUGUAUUGCCAUUGUGUUUCACUGGUUAAUCCAUACUUUACUUGCAAAGUCUUAUAUUCCACGAAUUUGUAAUUUUCACCAAUUAAUUGAUUCAAUGUCAAAAUACCUUUCUUCAUCCAAUUUUGCCAAAUUAUUACUUGAUUUCCAAUUUUUAAUUUGGGUUGGCCCAUAUUGUUAAUUUCUCAUGCUGAUAGGGGUCAUCCUUAUUAUUUUUAUUUAUAUUCAUCCAAAUUUUUAUAGGUGCUUUAAUAGUCUCCAGAAUAAUAGGAUACUUCAUAAAAUUAGAGCCAAGUUUAGUCCACCCUUCAAGAGGUUCAAAGAAACUAUAUUUGAGAGUAGCCCAAUUGGGAUUCCUGCUAGCUCUCCACUCGUUAGUCUUACUCAGCAGGUAGGCCUGGUGAUAUAGUUCCAGAUUUGGGAGACCAAAGCCACCUUCCUUAGUUGGAAGUUGCAUUUUAUGUAGUGAUAUUUUUGGUGGCUUUGUACCCCACAGGCACAAUCUAAAUAGUUGAUUUAUUUUUUGGAAGUAAAAUUUGGGAAUAUGUAUUGGUAAUCCUAGAAUCAUAGAAUCAUAGAGUUGGAAGAGACCACAAGGGCCAUCGAGUCCAACCCCCUGCCAAGCAGGAAACACCAUCAGAGCACUCCUGACAUAUGGUUGUCAAGCCUCUGCUUAAAGACCUCCAAAGAAGGAGACUCCACCACACUCCUUGGCAGCAAAUUCCACUGUCGAACAGCUCUUACUGUCAGGAAGUUCUUCCCAAUGUUUAGGUGGAAUCUUCUUUCUUGUAGUUUGGAUCCAUUGCUCCGUGUCCGCUUCUCUGGAGCAGCAGAAAACAACCUUUCUCCCUCCUCUAUGUGACAUCCUUUUAUAUAUUUGAACAUGGCUAUCAUAUCACCCCUUAACCUCCUCUUCUCCAGGCUAAACAUGCCCAGCUCUCUUAGCCGUUCCUCAUAAGAGCAUCGUUUCCAGGCCUUUGACCAUUUUGGUUGCCCUCCUCUGGACACGUUCCAGUUUGUCAAUGUCCUUCUUGAACUGUGGUGCCCAGAACUGGACACAGUACUCCAGGUGAGGUCUGACCAGAGCAGAAUACAGUGGCACUAUUACUUCCCUUGAUCUAGAUGCUAUACUCCUAUUGAUGCAGCCCAGAAUUGCAUUGGCUUUUAGCUGCCGCGUCACACUGUUGGCUCAUGUCAAGUUUGUGGUCAGCCAAGACUCCUAGAUCCUUUUCACAUGUACUGCUCUCAAGCCAGGUGUCCCCCAUCUUGUAUUUGUACCUCUCAUUUUUUUUGCCCAAGUGCAAUACUUUACAUUUCUCCCUGUUAAAAUUCAUCUUGUUUGUUUUGGCCCAGUUCUCUAAUCUGUCAAGGUCGUUUUGAAGUGUGAUCCUGUCCUCUGGGGUGUUAGCCACCCCUCCCAAUUUGGUGUCAUCUGCAAAUUUGAUCAGGAUGCCCUUGAGUCCAUCAUCCAAGUCGUUGAUAAAGAUGUUGAAUAAGACCGGGCCCAAGACAGAACCCUGUGGCACCCCACUAGUCACUCUUCUCCAGGAUGAAGAGGAACCAUUGAUGAGCACCCUUUGGGUUCGGUCAGUCAGCCAGUUACAAAUCCACUGAGUGGUAGCAUAGUCAAGACCGCAUUUUACCAGCUUCUUUACAAAAGAAUAUCAUGAGGCACCUUGUCAAAAGCCUUGCUGAAAUCAAGGUAGGCUACAUCCACUGCGUUCCCUUCAUCUACCAGGCUUGUAAUUCUGUCAAAAACGAGAUCAGGUUAGUCUGACAUGACUUAUUUUUCAGAAAUCCAUGCUGACUAUUGGUGAUCACAGCAUUCCUUUCUAGGUGCUCACAGACUGUUUGCUUAAUGAUCUGCUCCAGAAUCUUCCCUGGUAUUGAUGUCAGACUGACUGGGCGGUAAUUAUUUGGGUCCUCUCUUUUCCCCCUUUUUGAAAAUAGGGACAACAUUUGCCCUCCUCCAGUCUGCCGGGACUUCGCCUGUUCUCCAGGAAUUCUCAAAGAUGACUGCCAGUGGUUCUGAGAUCACAUCUGCCAGUUCUUUGAAUACUAUUGGAUGCAGUUCAUCUGGCCCUGGAGACUUGAAUACAUCUAAACUAGCCAAGUAUUCUUGUACUAUCUCCUUAGUUAUUCUGGGCUGUGUUUCCUUUGCUGAAUCAUUUGCUCCAAAUUCUUCAGGUCGGGCAUUGUUUUCUUUAUCGGAGAAGACUGAGGCAAAGAAGGCAUUGAGGAGUUCAGCUCUUUCUGUGUCCCCUGUUUGCAUUUCACCAUCUUCUCCUCUGAGUGACCCCACUGUUUCUUUGUUCUUCCUUUUGCUACGGACAUACCCAUAAAAGCCUUUUUGUUGCUUUUAACCUCUCUAGCAAGCCUGAGUUCAUUCUGUGCUUUAGCUUUUCUGACUUUGUGUCUACACGUGCUGGCUAUUUGUUUGAAUUCCUCUUUGGUGGUUUCCCCCCUUUUCCAUUUUUUGUACACAUCCUUUUUAAUCUUAACUCAGUUAAAGUUCUUUAGAUAGCCACCCUGGCUUCUUUAGGCACCUUCCAUGUUUCUGUCUCAUUGGUAUUGCCUGAUGUUGUGCUUUUAGUAUCUCCCUCUUAACAAACUCCCAGCCAUCAUGAACUCCCUUUCCUUUUAGUAUUACUGUCCAUGGGAUCUCACCCAGCACUUCCCUAAGUUUUAUGAAGUCAGCUUUCUUAAAGUCAAGAAAUUGAGUCCUAGUAUGCUUGGCUGCUCCUUUCCGCUGUAUAGUAAACUUCAGAAGAGCAUGAUCACUCGCGCCUAAUGAUCCUUCCACUUCUACCCCACUAACCAGAAUGUAUAGAAGCUUUGGAACAACAUUCAUUUUGAGGACAUUAACCUUUCCCCAAAGGGAAAGGUUUAGAGGUCCCCACCUUUCAAUAUCAAAAGUAAUCUCAUUUAUAAUUUGAUUCAACUUUAAUUUUACAAUUUGGUCUAUAUCUAAUGAAAUCAUUAUACCCAAGUAUUUAAUAAAGUCUUUGCACAUCCGAAAUUGAUGGUUUCUAUACAAUGUAGCCCUUGGCCCAAUUGGUAAAAUCUCUGAUUUUGUCCAAUUUAUAGACUAUCCUGAUAUUCUGCCAAAGGUUUUUAUUUUCUCCAUAAUUUUUGGAAUUGUAUCUUCUGGUUUUGUAAUAAAUAAAAGGUUAUCAUCCACAAAUAAUACAAUUUUGUAAUUAUCUUUGUUGUGUUUUACACCCCUGAUAUGCUCAUCCUGAAUUAUUGUUCUUGUUAAUGGUUCCAGGCACAGAUUAAAUAAUAACGGAGAAAGAGGACAUCCUUGUCUCGUUCCUCGAUUUAAACUAAUCAAAUUUGAAAUUCUUCCGUUUGUAACAAUCUGGGACGUUGGGUUUUUAUAAUUCAUUUUAAUCCAAUUACAGUAUUCUAUAGGGAAACCAAAUUUACGUAACACAAACCCUAUGAAUUCUUUAUAUAUUCUGUCAAAAGCCUUUUCUGCAUCUGAUGACAAUAUCAUAAACUCCUCUUCAUCUUUAUUUAAAUUUAUCAAAUCUAUUGUUAAUCUGAUAUUGUCUGUAGCUUGUCUUGUUUUUAUAAAACCUGUUUGAUUAUUAGGUAUCAAGUCUUGAAUAACCUUUUGUAAUUUUGCUGCCAAUAUUGCAUUCAUAAUCUUUUCAUCAACAUUCAUUAAUGAUAUUGGUCUAUAAUUUGCACAUUUAGUAGGGUCUUUGUUAGGUUUUGGUAUAAUUAUUAUUAAAGCUACAUUGAAUGUUGUAGCAGAUAUACCUUUCUGAGCUAUUUCCUCAUAGACUUCUAGAAGUCUGGGGACUAGUAGAUUUUUGAAUAUUUUAUACCAUUCUAUAAGAAGACCGGGACGCGGGUGGCGCUGUGGGUAAAACCUCAGCGCCUAGGACUUGCCGAUCGUAUGGUCGGCGGUUCGAAUCCCCACGGCGGGGUGAGUUCCCGUCUUUCGGUCCCAGCUCCUGCCCACCUAGCAGUUCGAAAGCACCCCUAAGUGCAAGUAGAUAAAUAGGUACCGCUUUAUAGUGGGAAGGUAAACGGCGUUUCCGUGUGCUGCGCUGGUGCUGGCUCGCCAGAGCAGCUUCGUCAUGCUGGCCACGUGACCCGGAAGUGUCUCCGGACAGCGCUGGCCCCCGGCCUCUUAAGUGAGAUGGGCGCACAACCCUAGAGUCGGACACGACUGGCCCGUAUGGGCAGGGGUACCUUUACCUUUACCUUUAUAAGAAGACCAUCUGGUCCAGGUGAUUUCCCAUUUCCCAUUGUUUCUAUUACAUUCUCAAUAUCUGAUAUAUUUAGGGGUGCUGAUAGCAUAUCUUUUUGAUAUUCUUCAAUAGUUGGUAUUUUAAUAUCUUGAAAGAAGUUUUCCACCUCAUCCUCUGAUAUAUUUUCCGGCCCUUCAUAUAAUUUUUUGUAGAAUUAAAAAAAUUCAUUAUUGAUAUCUAUUGAUGAGGUCGCUGCGAUGUUAUUUUCAUUUCUUAUUAAGGGUAUUAUUUGGUUCGCUUUCUUUUGUUUUAGAUGAUUAGCUAGAAUUUUUGUCCGUCUUUUAUCCUGUUCCCAAUAUAUUUGUCUUAGACUUAGUAGGCUGAACUCAAUUUUUUGAGCUAGUAUAUUAUUCAGCUCUAAUGUUAGUUGUUGUAUUCUUUCAUAUGUAGCAUUAGAUGGGUUAUUUGACAUAUCGCCACAUAGUGUUUUUAAAGAAAUUUUUAGAUUGUUUUCUUUUAAUCUUUGCAGCUUGGCUUUGUUGGUAGAGAAGGAUAUUAUCUUCCCUCUGAUGUAAGCUUUAUAUUCUUGACCUUCCAUCAGUCUUGACGUUGAAGAUUUGUAGUUAUUUUUAAAAUAUAUUUGUGUUUCUUGGGUUAUAUAUAUUGAAUGAAAUUUCUUUCAUUUAAAAGAAAUUAAAAUACCAUCUCCUCAUACCUUCCUGGGUUUUAGAUAAAUUAUAUUCCAGUAUUACUGCUGAGUGAUCAGCUAUAAUGGGAAUAUCAAUAUCACAUCAGCUAGUAAAGGGAUGUAAUGAUGCUGAUAUUAGAAAAAAGUCAAUUCUAUGCUGGGUAUUAUGAAUUCCUGCAAAAUAUGUAUAUGAUUUUUCCUUAGGAUGGUGCAAUCCCCAUGAAUCCACUAAAUUCCACUGUAUCAUAUGGUUAUUAAUUGUCUCUCUAACCUUUGUCCUUUUUUUCCUGGCUACUGAUGCGAUAUCCAUCUGUGGAUCUAAAAUUUCAUUCAAGUCUCCACCCAUUAUCAAGUGCUGAUACGAUAAGAAGCUUAACCUCUUAAAGCAAUUGUGAAUAAACUUAUGGUCAUCAGUGUUCGGGGCAUAGACAUUUACUAUUGCUAUUUCUGUCCCUUCUGUUUUAAUUACAGUUAUUAAGCAUCGGCCAUCUUCCUGUCUUAUUAUAUCUUUGUAUUUCAUAAGGCCAGCCUUUCCUAAAUAAAAUUGUGACUCCCCUAGCAUUUUCGUCUAAGUUUGUUGAAAUAACUUCUUUUACCCAUUGACAUUUCAAAGUUUGAGCCCCUUGUUCUGUCAAAUGUGUUUCCUGUAAUAGACCUAUAUCAGCCUUUAAUGACUGCAGAUAUUUGAGUGUUAAGAUUUGUUUUUUCUUUUCCUUUAACCCCUUGAUGUUCAUACUUAUAAUUCUCAUUGUGGUUUUAAUCUGUAAGCUUUCUUGUCCUCUAUUUUGUCUUUAGCAAAAUUGUUUGGAAGGCCUAAUAUAAAGCAAAUAUACUAAAAUUAUCGCACCAACCUGAGUUGUAUAUUAACCAUACUUAGAUUUAACAUAUGGAUUGCGAAAUAUAUGAAUAAUUAACAUUCUUACAUAUCUAAAUAUAUAUAAGGUAUACUCUACCCGUUACGUCUAUAUACACACUGAAAUUAACUUUAAGUAUUCCCAAUCAAAUAAUUAUUAUUUGAAAAUAUUCAAAGAAGGAAGUACAGUACCCUCUUUUUCUUUACAUUUCCAACAUAGAUUAUCACUAUUAUGAUACAUCUUUGCUAAUUUUACAGGGGUUAAAUACCAUCUAUACAUCAUUUUCAUAAUAUUUUCCUUUAACACCAUGCAUGCAGUGAACUUGACCCUUUUCCUCCACAACCUUUCCCAGUCUUCAAACAUUAUAUUAUGUCCCACAUCUCUUGCCCAAUCAAUCAUCACAGAUUUAACUUGUUCAUCCUUUGUAUGCCAUUCCAACAAUAAAUUUAGACAGAUUUUUAACUUUAGAGUCCAACAACUCCAUUUCCAACUUAGUUUUUUCUGAAGCAAAACCAUUUUUCUUAUCUAAUUUGUACAAUUCAUUAAUCUGGUGAUAUUGUAGCCAAUUUAUUUUAUCUUUAAUUUGAUCAAGUGGUUUUAAUUUAUAUCCUUCUUUAUCUUCCAGUAA